AGAAAAUAGUCCAGUGUAUUAACUGUAACAGUUUGACGUGUAUCAAAUACAACAGCCGAGUGUAUUAACUACAACAGCCGAGUGUAUUAACUACAACAGCCAAGUAUAAUAACUACAACAGCCGUGUGUAAUAACUAAAUCAGCCACGUGUAAUAAACAGAAUGGGUGCCGCAAAUAGUCAUAAAAAUACUGCAGAUGAGGAAGAUGAUAAUCAUGGCAUCGCCUUCAUGUUGCCAAUACCUGAAUGGGAUUUACUUAAAAUCAAAGAAGAUUCAACAUUCUCCGCUCAUAAUCGAAAUAAACAUCAGGCAGAUCGUCGUACUAUCAGGAGAUCUACAAUUGGUGAUGUCCCACGUUGCCUCUAUGCCAGAGAAGCAGGGUAUUUAGGACAACCCAGUCAACAUCUUCCUGGAUUUCAGAGAUACGUUGAUUCAGCUGAAGAAGAACAAUUGAUAGAAGAAAGGAUUUCAUGUCAUGGAGUGUAUUGUCCUGAUUAUGUAGAGAGACACAUUUACAUCAAAGACACACACGCUAUUAGAACGGUGAAUUCAAAACAAACCGAUAAACUGAACACAUUGAAACCAGGGCGUUACAACGUGAAGAAUCGAUAUGGCGUUGACAGGAGCAACUCCUUGGAUUCGAGACACAAUCAGAAAUACUUCCGACAUAACAAUAAACAAAUUAAACCUAAGUGCGUUUCGAACAAUUGUCACAAAUCAAUUAAGAAAACGGCGAAUAUGAGUGAUCAAGUCCCACCACUUGGAAUUUGCAUUUGCUUUUUGGAAGACGACAAUGAGUUGUUCUGUGCAAGCCAACAAAGUUUCGAUUCUGGACUGAAUUCAAGUGACGAGAGCUUACAUCCCAAUAGUGGUAACACCAGUCCACGUUCUGGUUGCCAAAACAACCGGUACCAUGGUAACACGAACCAGCUGUUUAUUACAGAUCGUAGUGAAAUAUUUGAAUCGAGCCAAGCUAGUGUUGAAUCUUUAGUCGGGAGUAUGAAUGACCACUGCAGCACCAGUGAGUCUAGUUCACCGAGGACUCCGCGUUAUAAAUCCAGUAAAUUCAGUCUGGAAUCGGGACGUAGUUCUCUUCAUUCAAGCCAAGAAAGUUUUGAAUCGCACUUCAGUAAGAAUCGUAGCUCCGAACACAUUUCGACGAAGAGCUCUGGUGACAUCAUUGAUCACGUGCGCAAUGGUAAAAGAGUUACUCGGAGUUGUUCAAGUAUAGACGAUAAAUUUACGAACACGUGCGAAUGGAUAAAAUAUUCUUCGAACGUAGAUGAAAGAAAUGAUGAACGUCAAGUCAGGAAAGACAAUGUUAAUAUCUUAGGCGUGAAUCGUGGUUUUGUAAAAAGUUACCAUAGGAAUGAUACAUCGGACAGUAGUGUCAUUCCGAUCUGCGAACCCAGCAUCAAUGAACAAACCUAUAUCCGUAGCUUUUAUAAUACGGACCAAAGUUUAAGAAACAGAUCCACAAUUAAUGUUGUCGAUCAUGUGUGUUCAGAAAGUUUUACCGGAAGUGAACCGGGUGGUGUCCGUAACCUUAGACACACCGAUUUGCGUUCGAAUCCCGUUAAACGUAAUGAUCCAAGGUUGGAAUUUAUUGCAAACGCCCAUUUAGCACUAAAACCUGAACUGAACCAACGCCUUGUGGUCUCGCGCUAUCCCCGUUUCCGCACAGAGGGAGAUCGUGAGUUAGGACUCAGAAGAUGGCGUUCAGACAUCCUUCCAUUAGCCGAUGAUAUGGAUGAACCUUUUAUUGGCCGCCAUGAAAAUUGCUUCAGCCAAACAAGCAGUGUGCUCAAUCCAAACCAGGAGAAUCUUUUUAUAUCAGAGAUUAAUUUCGAAAAAUUAAAUAUAAGCGAUUCUGUCAUCGGUGACAAAGAAACAGGAAAUUCCAAGGGUCACUUCGGAACCAAUGGAUACAACAAUGAUCGGGUCAACAAGAGACGAAACCAACUAGAAGAAUCAAGAAAACAGACAAUUUCUUCAGGUCGAGGAAAAUCAUCAAUAGAUCGUCUUAACUCGGACAGCUUGAGAUUUAAUAGGUUGAGAAUUCGAUCAAAGCGGUGUCGAUGUCGAUGGCAGAGAAGAUCAACAUUGGGUAAAAGUAGAGAUCGAAGCACUGAUUCUGGAAAAGAAACAAACUACGAGAUGCGGAGAGAUGGAAUAAAUGACAGGUUUAUGAAAGAUGAUUUUGGAGAUCCAAAUGACAAGGUCGAAUCAGCUCAUGACUCCAGUUCCGGUAUCGCGUCAGAUGUGGCAUCAUACUACCCACAAACCAAUAUGUCCACGUUCAAGGGAGAUAACGCGGGAUCGGACAAAACAUCGGAAGACUCUGGUAGAAAAAGCGUAUCCUGGGCCAGUAAUCUCGACUCCCCGAGGUCUUCCAAUCAUUACGUGCAGAUGCACAUCAAUAAACAGCGUCAGAGCCCAGUAACCACGGCAACGUAUAAACAAAAACAUAUCAGUCCACGAGACAAACUUGUGAAUAAAUCUGUCACUAUAGAUUUACAGGAUACGACCAAGUUGUUUCUCUCCUCUAAAGGGAAACAUACCCGACCAUCUCCCUUCGAACUAUUAUCAGAUGACAUCGUGCUAAAGAUUUUAUCCUACCUUCCCAGUGACCAUCUGUGUCGGUGUUCUCGGGUCUCUCGUCAGUGGUACGAAUAUGUGUGGGAGCCAUUUUUAUGGACGAAGAUCGUCAUCAACAACAAAAACAUUAACGUGGACAAAGCUUUGAAAAUUCUGACGAAGCGUUUAGGUUAUAAUACGCCGUAUGUCUGUGUGAUAUUAGAACGAAUUAAUUUAAACGGCUGUGAACAGUUAACGGACAAAGGUCUUCAGACAAUCGCUAAACGCUGUCCGGAACUCCGCCAUAUUGGAUUACAGGGAUGUCAUAAUGUAACGAACACAGCUGUAUUUGAGCUGGUUUCUAACUGUGUAAAUCUGGAACAUUUCGAUCUUACAGGUUGUUCAUCGGUCACGUGUAUAAGUUUACUGGAAGGAGCUGUAUCACAUGGAACACCACGUCACCAACAACAGAUUUACCUACGAUAUUUAGAUAUGACGGAUUGUUUUGCUCUGGAUGACGAAGGUUUGGGAAUCAUCGCCAUGCAUUGUUCUCAGUUGCAGUUUCUAUAUUUACGACGCUGUGUGCGCCUCACUGACGAAUCCAUGCAAUAUCUAGCCAAUUACUGCAGCACUCUGCGUGAACUCAGUGUUUCAGACUGUCGUAAAAUCACAGAUCUUGGACUAAGAGACCUUUCAAAACUAGGAGAAAAUUUACGAUAUUUAAGUGUCGCUAAAUGUGAUCGUAUGUCAGACGUUGGUGUGCGCUAUUUGGCGAAGUUCUGUUCUAAAUUACGUUAUUUAAACGUUCGCGGGUGUGAAGGGGUUUCUGAUGAAUCUCUAGAACUACUUUCUGUGAAUUGUCCGCGGAUGAGGUCGUUGGACGUUGGGAAAUGUGAUAUAACCGACGAAGGCUUAUUGGUGCUAUCUCAAAACUGUCCGCAGUUGCGUAAAUUAAGUUUGAAAUCAUGUGAUCAGAUAACGGACAAGGGUGUCGUUCAGUUGUCUUAUCAUUGUCGGGGACUACAACAAUUGAACAUUCAGGAUUGUAAUAUUUCUGUGGAGGGUUACAAGUUAGUGAAGCGGUACUGUAGACGUUGUAUUAUAGAGCACACAAACCCAGCUUUUUAUUGAAAGAAAUCCACAAGUGUUUAUUUCGUUAUAUUCUGUGUACGUUUACCGAAUAACUUAUACCAGUAACGUUGAACAAUGGGUCUAACGAAUAACUUAUAAUCCCUUACAAGAGUCCCCUGUGGUGUUUUGGAUAUCCCCCCCCCCCCCAAGAUCUGUAUUUUUUAAAUAAUUUAUUUAUUAAACGCCAUACGAACAAAAUAGUGCAGGUUACAUCAACAGCUUUAAAUGUAUUUUUAAUCAGCGUAAUAAGUUCCUUUAAUGUUCUUUUAUUUCAGUUUAAUGUAUUUUUCAUGCUCUGAGAUAUUUAUGUCUCCACAAUUAAUUAAUUUUAUUAAGAAUCUCUAACAAUAAGUUCGACUACGCCCAGAACAGCCUCGUGGUUACCAGCGAGAUUCUGUCAAUACUGUAAUCACCAAAGGUUGAUUUGGGCCAUGAACGCGGUUACGGACUGUUCAGAAGAAGAGAAUGCCAGUCGUAGUUAGACACCUCUAGGUGAAAGCAAGCGUUGAUUCCCUUCGUGAACGGUUGAUUCCCUUCAUGAACGGCUACGGACUGUCCAGAAGAGGAGACGAAUAGAACGCCAGUGGUAACUAGGCACCGUAUGGUGCUAGUACCACAAAGUAAAAAAGAAAGCGUUGAAUAAAAGCAAAACACUCUAUUUGAUAUAGCUUGAAAUGUUUGAAAUAAUAUUUCUGUAUAUCUAAGAACGGACGAGCGAUUGGGAUGGUAAAGCAACCCAAAUCCAGAAAUACUAGUAUGCAAAAUAAACUCGAAAACAUUCCUUUAUAGUUUCCGAACAGUGAAGUCGGAACCUUCUGUCUAUAGCUAUGUUUUGAGUUCUGAAUAACGUGUUUAAAUUGCCCCUGAGUAUUUAAGGUACUGUAUUUUUAUUAUCUCAAUCAACGGCCCUGGGGUAAUAGUAAUGGUAACUGGGGGUUAUCGUCGGCAUCAACUCUGUUGUAACACUAGGCUGCCCCAAUAUAACGCGAAAUUAAGGGUAUAAAUAUUGUUAAAUUAUGAACAUCGAAUCUUACAAACAUCCUCCACAUUCCUCAAAUACGCAGUUUGAAAAUUCGAGUUCCUAAAUAGCUUUUAAUCAAGAAUACUGCAAGUACCGGAGCUUAAACUAUUAAGAAAUUUCUAAAUAAAUAUCCAUAUUAAACAUUUAGUAUGAUAGAAGCUGAUUAAUGACAACAACUUAUUCUAGCUUAUCGCCUCUUUGACAAAGAAUUGAAUACAAAUGAAAUGGAGUUUCACGUCCUACUGUUCUGAUGAAGACGGAAAUUGAGUACAUAUGUACAAAUAUAUUAUUAAAUUGUAUAAAUUUAAAUGUAUAUAUUGUUAAUAAAUACAACAUUGUUUUGUAAAUAUAUAAGUUAAAUACAGAUCAUAAACCCCUGUUAUAGAUAUGUUUCUAUAGUAAUCAUGAUCAACUGUUACCAAUGUUUCCAUGGUAAACAUGUUAAAAAUGCUAUAUGUGUUUCUAUAGUAACCAUGUUAUAGACAUGUUUCUAUAACAAAUCAAAACCAAUAAAAAUAUAAAGAACUA